UAGAAAGCCAAAGAGUAAGUAAAUAUAAACAAGCAGUGAUGAAGGAUUCCACAGUAGCAAUGGUGGGUGAUCAAAGGAUUCAAAAUGAGCGUGAAAGUGCCAAGUUUUCGUUACAGAGAAAAGAAGGCCAACAUGAAUCAUCAAAAUGGAUUCUUGAGAGCAUUGAGAUUGAUCCCAUUGGGGAGGUGGUUUCUAAACCUGAUCAUGCAUCCAAUGAAGGAAUGGUGGUAAAAGCUCCCAAUGAGGUUUCAUUUCUCAGAAAUGGAAGCAAUGUUAGGAGCAGGAAUGGUUUUCAGGAGAAAGGCAACAAGAUGGUGAGGCUGCAAUCAGGAGCAGCCAGAGGGCUUAAGGGUUUACGGUUCCUCGAUAGAACGGUCACAGGGAAAGAAGAUGAUGCAUGGAGGUCUAUUGAGAAGCGCUUUGCUCAACAUGCAGUUGAAGGGAAGCUCUCAAAAGACAAAUUUGCAGCCUGCAUGGGCAUGGGGGCAGAGUCAAAGGAUUUUGCUGGGGAACUCUAUGAAGCCUUGGCAAGGCGGAGGAAAAUUUAUGCAGAAAAUGGGAUUACUCUGGAUGAAGUUAGAGUAUUCUGGGAGGACAUGACUAACAAAGAUCUCGAAUCCAGACUACAAGUGUUCUUUGACAUGUGUGACAAGAACGGAGAUGGUAGGCUAUCAGAGGAAGAAGUCAUGGAGGUUAUAUUGUUGAGUGCCUCAGCAAAUAAGUUAGGAAAUCUCAAACAGCAUGCUGCUGAAUAUGCAGCUUUGAUCAUGGAAGAGCUUGAUCCGGAUCAUCAAGGAUACAUAGAGAUGUGGCAGCUAGAAACUCUGCUAAGGGAAAUGGUUAGUACUGAAGAUGUCACAAAAAAACUUUGUACUAAAACCCAAACUUUAACUAAAGCUAUGAUACCAAGAAAGUAUAGAACUCCCGUUAGCAAAUUUCUCUCUUCAACCGCAGAUUUUGUGAUGGAUAAAUGGAAAAAAUUAUGGGUUUUCACACUUUGGUUGGCAAUAAACUUGGGGCUUUUCAUUUGGAAGUUUCGCCAAUAUCGUGAAAAAGGAGCGUUUGAAGUCAUGGGUUAUUGUGUCUGUUUUGCAAAGGGUGCUGCUGAGACACUCAAGUUCAACAUGGCUCUAAUUGUGCUAACCAUGUGCAGAAGAACCCUUACAAAGCUAAGAGGAACUUUUCUUAGUAGAAUCAUCCCGUUCGAUGACAACAUAAACUUCCACAAGUGUAUUGCUGUUGCUGUAGUUAUAGGGACUUUGAUUCAUGUACUAAUGCAUGUCACUUGUGAUUUUCCAAGAUUAAUAACGUGCCCGUCGAAUAAGUUCAUGACGAUUCUUGGGCCAGGUUUUGAUUAUCAGCAGCCUGAUUACCUUACCCUUGUUAAAGGCGUUGCUGGUUUAACUGGAAUUUUUAUGGUCUUGAUUAUGGCCUUCACGUUCACUCUAGCAACGCAUUAUUUCAGAAAAAAUGUUGUCAAUUUACCGUCCCCGCUGCAUAGUUUGGCCGGAUUCAAUGCCUUCUGGUAUGCACAUCAUUUGCUUAUUCUGGUUUACAUACUCCUGGUCAUACAUGGCUACUUUCUCUAUCUCACCAAGGAUUGGCAUAAGAAAACGACUUGGAUGUAUCUUGCAGUUCCUCUUGUGCUCUAUGCUUUUGAGAGAAUUCAUCCAUUUUUUAAGAGUAAAGAUCACCGAGUGAGCAUCAUUAAGGCAAUAAUAUACACAGGAAAUGUUCUAGCACUCUACAUGACCAAACCCUCAGGAUUCAAGUAUAAAAGUGGAAUGUACAUUUUUGUAAAGUGUCCAGAUAUAUCUAGUUUUGAAUGGCACCCUUUCUCCAUCACCUCUGCACCUGGAGAUGACUACUUGAGUGUCCAUAUAAGAACCUUGGGAGAUUGGACUUCAGAACUCAAAAACAUGUUUGCAAAGGUUUGUGAGCCUCAGAGUGCAGCAGCAAGAAAGGGAAGCCUUGUGAGAAUGGAAACUAGAGCAAAUUCAAGCUAUGACCCUUCAAUGCCAAGCAUUACAUAUCCAAAAAUCCUCAUCAAAGGACCCUAUGGAGCCCCAGCACAAAACUACAAGCAUUAUGAUGUCCUCUUGCUUAUAGGUCUAGGAAUCGGGGCAACACCGAUGAUCAGUAUUUUGAAAGAUCUCCUGAACCACAUGAAGACAGGAAGUCCUGAAGAAAGAAGUCCUAUGGCGGAAUCCUUCCAUAGCAAUCGCUCGGUGGAGGAAGAUAAAAAAUUUCCUGAAAGAGCAUAUUUUUAUUGGGUGACAAGGGAGCAGGCUUCAUUUGACUGGUUCAAAGGUGUCAUGAAUGAUAUUGCUGAAUAUGACAAUGAUGGUAUUAUAGAAAUGCACAACUAUCUGACUAGUGUGUAUGAGGAAGGUGAUGCACGGUCUGCUCUUAUUGCCAUGAUUCAGAAGCUGCAACAUGCUAAAAAUGGAGUUGAUGUAGUUUCCGAAAGCCGGAUACGAACUCAUUUUGCAAGACCCAACUGGAAAAAAGUCUUCUCUCAAUUAGCUAGUGCACAUCCAAAUUCUCGGAUAGGGGUAUUCUACUGUGGAAGUCCUACUCUUACAAAAACAUUGAAGAGCCUUUGUCAAGAGACCAGCCUAAACUCAUCUACACGCUUUCAAUUUCACAAGGAGAACUUCUAAAGGAGCAAUUCACACAACAUGAUCAAUCCUGAACUAUUUUCUUAAUGCAGGUGUAUUCUACCGUAAAUUGUUUUUUUAUAACCAUAGUUUAGUGAAUUUGGAUUGAAGUUUUUGUAAGUUACUUGUAUGUAGUAAGAUUUCUUAGAAAUUGUGUUGGUUAGGACUUAGGACUAGAUCUUUUUAUCUUUUUUUCUUUCACCUUUUCCCUCAUCUACUCUUUCUCUGCCUGAGAUGUGUAUCAUAUGGUUACUGUGCAUGGCCUUACCUCAUUUCAUACAUUGUAAAUUGUAACAACACUGCAUUCAUGCAUGCUCUUUAUAGCCACAAGAUAUACAAAGUAUUGUGAGAUUACAA